ACAUACACACCUAACAAAGUGAAGUCAACCAUUCAUCAAUCAUACCACUGAACCCAAAAAACAUUUUUUAAACAUUGCUGCUAAAUGAACUUGAUCAGUCUACUUGCUAUAUUGAUCAUAGCCAUAGUUCACGCCCACGGGCGUGAACUGAUUAAUGAUCAUCUUCGUUUGCCGUCGGAGAAACAUGAUUUCUUCGACAGCGAACAAGAUGACUCAGUUGGCACCAAAUGGGCCGUUUUGAUUGCAGGAUCCAUUGGUUAUGAUAAUUACAGACAUCAGGCGGAUGUUUGUCAUGCUUAUCAAAUCUUGAGAAACGGUGGUGUGAGGGAGGAAAACAUUGUUGUUUUCAUGUAUGAUGACAUUGCUUAUAAUCCAGAUAAUCCUAGGCAAGGAAUCAUUAUUAACAGUCCAGAUGGCGAUGAUGUAUAUCAUGGAGUCCCAAAGGAUUACACUGGGAAUGACGUCAAUGUUAACAACUUCUUUGCUGUUUUGCUUGGUGAUAAAUCUAAAGUUAAAGGAGGAAGUGGAAAGGUUGUGGAUAGUGGUCCAGAUGACCGUAUCUUUGUUUACUAUAGUGACCAUGGUGGUCCUGGUGUGCUUGGGAUGCCAACACUUCCUUUCUUAUAUGCUGAUGAUCUUAACAAGGUCUUAAAACAAAAGCAUGCUGCUGGAACAUACAAAAGCUUGGUAUUUUACCUAGAGUCUUGUGAGUCAGGAAGUAUUUUCGACGGUCUUCUUCCACAAGGUUUAAAUAUUUAUGCAACCACAGCCUCCAACCCAUACGAGAGCAGUUGGGGCACUUACUGUCCUGAGGACUUCCCUAGCCCACCCCCCGAGUAUGACACAUGUUUGGGUGACAUGUAUAGUAUUGCCUGGAUGGAAGAUUGUGACGUACACAACCUGCGAACAGAAACCAUCAGUCAGCAGUAUAAACUGGUCAAGGAAAGAACCUUAACCGACAACUCUAUUUAUGGAUCUCAUGUGAUGCAAUACGGGGACAUGCCACUUAGCAAAGAUAACCUGUAUUUGUAUAUGGGUACAAACCCCGCAAAUGAUAACUUCACUUUUAUUGAUGAAAACUCCCGCUCACCAUUACGAAAAGCUGUUAACCAGCGUGAUGCUGAUCUUUUACAUUUCUGGCAUAAGUAUCUUAAGGCUCCAGAAGGUUCUGAAAGGAAAGCUGAAGCUCAGAAAAAGUUUGCUGAAGCCAUCUCUCACAGAAUGCACUUAGAUAACAGUAUAGAACUCAUUGGCAAGGUUUUGUUUGGAUUGGAGAAAGGUCCUCAGGUGUUGAACACCGUCAGAUCUUCUGGAAAACCUCUAGUUGAUGAUUGGACCUGCCUUAAGACGAUGGUGAGGACAUUUGAGACAUAUUGUGGAUCCUUAUCACAAUACGGCAUGAAACAUAUGCGAUCCAUUGCUAACCUGUGUAACUCAGGAGUCACAAGUGAGCAGAUGGCUGCUGCAUCAUCACAAGCAUGCACCACCUUCCCCUCAAAUCCAUGGAGCUCACUCAGCAACGGUUUCUCUGCAUAAUGUUCUUGAUUCCAUGAAAAUGGUGGAGUGGUGGACCCAAUUUCAUCUAUUGUUUAAAUAUCAUAACUAUGGUUUCUAAAUUGGCCUUACACCUUAUACGUAUAUAUAGAUACCAUAGCCUCUUCAUGUAUACUCAGGCCCACCACCAAACUACUUCUAUAUAAUCUGUGUAUUGCUAUUGCUGUAGACAUUGAUAUGCAAAUCAUGUACAUGCAUCUGUAAAAUAUAAAUGAAUUGCAGUGUUUACGUUUGGAACAAA